AUGAACGCAUUCAAGUAUCUCUUAAGGUUUGAAGACGAGAACGGCAACAUUCACUAUGGUGAAGCAGGUGGCCCAGGCUCAGAAGGUGAUUUCUUACAACAAAAGCUCAAAACAUACUCAGGGAAAACCCCUUGGGAUCCGGAUUUCCAACUCUCCGACAAGACGGCCACUAUUGCGAAGAUAUUGAGCCCCUUGGCCACCACGCCCAUAAUCCACGGCGUAGGUCUAAAUUACAAGGCGCAUGCCGAGGAAGGCAAUCUAAAAUUACCACCUUUUCCGAUCCUCUUCGUCAAGUAUCCAGAUGCCCUCGCAAAUCCGUACGAUGACAUUCCGGUUCACAAGGAGGCAUGGCAACUGGACUAUGAGGCCGAAUUAUGUGUAAUCAUUGGCAAAGAGUGCAAAGACAUCCCUGCAUCGAAAGACCCACUAGACUACGUCCUCGGUUAUUCAAUCGGUAACGAUAUCUCGUCGAGAUACUGGCAGGACAAGACGCGCUCGAGCGGCCAGCACGGCUAUGGAAAAUCCAUGGACAAAUUUGCGCCGAUCGGGCCUGUGAUCGUCUCGAGACAUGUAAUGACGGACUCUUCAUCCCUUAAGAUAUUGACGCAUGUGAAUGGAGCAGUUAGACAAGAUUCUACGACGGCGAGUAUGAUAUUUGAUGUCCCAGCACUAAUAAGGCACCUGAGUCGGGGUAUCACUUUGAGGCCCGGCACGAUCAUCAUGACAGGGACGCCGGACGGUGUGGCAGCAUUUAUGAAACCAUCUCCAUGGUUGAAGGAUGGUGAUGUGGUAGAGAUCGAGAUCUCUGGCAUUGGAAAGAUCAGGAACAGAAUGUCAUUCGAAGAUGAGAAUAGUCAACCACCUGAUGAUCGUCCCCCUGGGUUCUAA